UUUCUGGUCAUAACAGAGUUGGUCUUCUAGGUUUGCUUGACAUGUGUUUAGUUAUAUUUUGGAAGGUAUAAUUGGGAUUAGGGGAAGUGGUUAUAUGAGCUGCUGUUGUAGAAGCUAUAUUUACAAUAUCGUUGUGCAAAAUAUUGGGAGGUGGUGAUGUUUUAUAUUUGGUAGGUAUUGAUAUUGCCAAAAAUGUCAAAAAGUCAAAAUUCUACACUUCCAGUAUGUAUAAAGAGUGAGGCCAGCUAGCAAUGGUUAGGUUGCACCUUUGUGAUUGAAAGAUAACCGAUUUUGAGUUAUGAAAACAGAUUUUUUGUAGAACAAGGGUUAUGAAAACAGACUUUUGUAAAACAAGGGUAAGGGUGCACAAACAAAAAUUGGGUUCUCACAUACAAUUAGGCAAGUAAAAUCAAAAGCUUUCCUAAUACCCAAAAAUGGAACUACCAAGUUGAUAACUUUUAACCUUGUCAUGUCUUUACAUCCCAAAAAUGGAGUAGCUCUUUUGAGGUAAAGAGUAUAUGGAUCCAAUCCUACCUUCAUGCUUGCAUCAAAUUGUAGUUUCUGUAAAUAUUGUUCUUUCAGGAAAUAAUAUAAAAGUAUUUGUUGGACGAGGAAGAGAAAUUCAGAUUUGAAGAUUGAUAACCAAUGGAUAAGGCCUUUAGUCUUGUAGUUUAAAUAUUGUAAACUUGUAUUUUAAAGUUUAAAUUAGUCUCUAUAAGUUAGGAGAUAGAAUAUCCUAAUAUUUAGGAGAUAAAAUAUCCCAUCUCAUCUCGUACUUUAUAGGAGAAAAGAUAAGGAUGUAUUGUGUAUAUAUUUUCUGCUCUUUUCCGUGAGAUUUAAUCAAGCAAGAUAGUGUUUUCUGCUUGUUUCAUGGUAUCAGAGCGAAGGAAAAAUCUCUAGUCUAUCUCAGCCGAUUGCUAGUUUCCUCAAAAUCAUGGGCGAUACAAAUCAAAACCCUAGUCUCACAGAAGCUUCAGCCACCAGUUCUCUAGGUGCAAUUCAUCCCUCGGCUACCUCUCAAUCUUUCCCAAACCUGUCCAGCCAUUUAAUUGACAACCAUCCAUUGCAAAUUACUCACCAUAAGCUAAAUGGGAGUAAUUUUAGGGAAUGGUUUCAAUCCGUUUUAUUGGUGAUAAAGGGAAAGGGAAAAUCAGGCUAUUUAACCGGUGCUACCCCUGCUCCUCCACCGACAGCAGUCACAUAUGGAACUUGGGAGCAAGAAAAUUCAACCAUUAUGGCUUGGUUGAUAAAUUCCAUGGAGCCAAGGAUUGGAAGGACAUACCUCUUUCACAAAUCAGCCAAGGAGAUUUGGGAUUUGGUGCAAGAGAUGUACUCAGAUUUGGAAAAUUCAUCUCAAAAUUUUGAAAUCAGGUCAACCAUAAGAAAUACUAGGCAAGGUAAUCUGAAUGUUACAGAUUAUUUUAAUACUUUGGUUGAAUUGUGGCAUGAGAUGGAUUUAUUCUAUACUAUAACUUGGGAAAAUGUGGCUGAUAGCAUUAAGUAUAAUAAGAUGGUUGAAAAAGACCAGAUAUUUGAUUUCCUCCAUGGACUUAACAGUGAUUUAGAUGAAGUGCGUGGCAGAAUUUUAGGUACUAAACCUUUGCCCAGUUUAAGAGAAGUAUUUGCAGAAGUUAGGUGAGAAGAAAGUCGACGCAAAGUAAUGCUUCAAUCUGCUGAUGACCUAUCCCAUCAACAGUCUGCCCUAGCCACUGUUAGACAAGGAGAUUUUGUUCAAAAGGAUGCUGGGAGAGAGAAGCAAUGGUGUGAUUAUUGCAAAAGACCAUAUCAUACAAGAGAGACAUGUUGGAAGAUCCAUGGCAAACCAGCCAACUGGAAACCAAAGAAUAAGAGAGAAGGCACCAGAUCAGCUUAUAUGACUGCCACAUCCGGAGACAGUGGACCAAAAUCUUUGGAAAAGGGAUCAAAAACAGAUCUAAAUCUGACAGAGGAACAAAUCCAAACCCUAUACAGGCUGCUAAACCAAGGUACAAACUCAAUCGGGUCUUCUAAUCAUCAACCUACUGGAUCAGUUGCUUUACAAGGACCAAGCCUCGGGGAUGAUGAUUGGCAGUACUGAAGCUAAGGAUGGUCUCUAUUGGUUGAAAGGAAGUCUUUCAAACCCAUUUUGUUCAAAUAAA